AUGCGCACACCUCUCCCAUACCCGAUCGCCUUGGAGAGACUCCACCACGCCGCCCAGGAUGCGCGUGAAGCCGUGGAGGCUGAAGAUGUCCACAUCACUGACUGCUUGGGACGUGUUGCUGCCAAGGACCAUCAAAGCCCCUUCUCGACUCCACGAUUCGAUUCUUCGGCAAUGGAUGGUUAUGCUGUCAUUUCCGAUGCCACCAAGUCCGCAACCUUGGAGAAUCCAGUAGCGUUUGCAAUCAAGAAGACCAUUCAGGCUGGCGAUCACGAGCCAUAUCUGCUCACAGUUGACCCUAUCGAUGAUAUGCCGCCAUGCGUGCGGGUCAUGACUGGCGCACCCUUCCCAGUACUGGACGACAUGAAGGAUGGGAAAUCAUUCGACGCUUGUGUCAAGUGGGAAUAUACAGCACAGCAGCCGGGCGCUCGAAGUGACAUAAUGUUAAUCACAAAGCCUGUUCCCGGGGGCACGAACAAGAGGUACGCAGGGCAAGAUAUCAAGCAAGGGGAUGUCGUCCUCAGUGCUGGGACAGCCAUUCGAUCUACCCACGUCAUAUGUCUGGCAUCUAUAGGUAUCACCACUGUUCAUGUGGUCAGGAGACCGCGAUGCGGUAUCUGGUCAACCGGCAAAGAACUCCUCACAACUCAAGACGUGAAUGGACCUUAUCUAUCCGUAGCAACGCGGGAAUUAGGAGCGGACACGCGGUUUCUGGGUAUCUUACCGGACGAAAGAAGCGUCUUGAGACAGGAAAUAGAGAUUGCUCCCGGUGGAGUGUCAGGGGGAAAGUACGACUUUGUGCGGGAGGUACUAGAAACUCUCGGAGCGACGAUUGUUUUCCAUAGAUUGAACAUUCGCCCUGGACAUUCUGUUCUCUUUGCUACCUUCCAAAGGCAGACUGGUCAAGGGUUGACAGCAUUCUUCGGACUUCCAGGCAACCCAGGCGCGGCAGCUGCAUGCUUCAGGUUUCUCGUUGUGCCGUACAUGAGGCGGCUUAUGGGUCAGGAUAUCGAAACACCGCUUUCUGUGUGCUUGGAGCCAGGUACGGCAAGACUUCCUUGUGCAAGGCGCUCUCAAAAGCAUACGAAAUGCUCUUCCAGCACACUGGACCGAUUUCAUCAUGGUAUUCUCGGUCGAUCAGCAGUGGGAACAAUGACAAGUCCAACGAAGCUUAAUCCUUACUCGUCCGUCAAUUGCUGGAUUCAUUUCAAGACUGAGCAAGAUAGCGAAGAAGGAACUCUUGUGGAUUGCUACCCGACAACAAGUUGCAAUAUCACUAGAGAAGUAUAA